CUUCCUCUUCCUUCCUGUCUGCGAGCCUAGUGCGCGAGAGGAAAAGAGGCAGAACCGGCCUCCGCCUCCUCUCUCCCCUUCGCGAGAGAGAAGGGGGAAAGAGAGGGAGAGAGAGAAAAAAAAAAAGAAAAUCUUAGGGCUUCCUCCUCGAUCCUCUUCGCGAUUGCCCCACCGAUUCGUCAAUCCAAUGCCGCGCGCUUCCGGGGUCUCGAAUCCCCCGGCGGCCGCUGCCACCGCCUCGGCCGCCGCCGCCGCAGCCUCCAGGAAUGUGAGCAGAAAUGCUGGACACUCUGGCCCAUCUUGCAGUGCACCUGCUUAUCAGUUGUUUCGCCCUGUUACUCGUUCUAUGACCCGUGGGUCUGAUCCUAUUGUGGCUUCACCUGGUUUCAAGGCAGGAGGAUCUGCUAGUGCAAGCACACGAAGAAGUACUUCAGAUGCUUCUUUUAGCACUCAGUUAGCUGCCUCACGACCUACUGCCAGACAUGCCCGGACCCCUCUAAAAGUGACUUCAUCUGGUUGGAAGCCUCUUACUCAACCUGUUGCAAUGAAUGAAGAGAGGAAAUGUGCAAGCCUUACAAUCAACCCUACUGCUAAGCGUUCAAGAGUUGCUUCUUCCCGAGCUGUCAAAGAUUCAAUCAACCAUUUAGCUUCAAAAGCUAACUCAAACAUUCCCAGUGGCAAGAAGUACAGAGAUGAAGAAAUUGUGAGCCUGGGUGAUCAGUCAGAUGGAGCUGUCUUGCCAUCUCCCACAAAGAAGCUACAAAUAUGCAAAGGCCUUUCAGAUGCACCUUCAAUAAGGAAAUCAACUAUCAGAAUCCUGGGUGUUAAGGGAGCUGCUCUACCACCCUCAGGGAAAUCUCAAAUCGAAACUGGGAAAAGCUUUGCUAAUGCUCCAGCAGAAGUGAUUUCUGCUAGUACAAAUGUGAUCAGUCAGUCAGAUAGUGCAGCUGUCCCAUCGCUUGCACAGCAAUUGCAACCUGACACUGCAAAGAACUCCAGUGUCACCAUGCAUAUCCAUGAAACAAGUAAAGUCAACCAGUUGGCUGCUACAGUUGCUAAUUUCCCAAGGCCGGUCCUUCAAAAUGAUUGCAUUAAGAAGCCAUCCAAUGUACCAAUAAUGCCUAACCAGGCCAGUGGAUUGGCUGGUGCGACUGCUCCCUUGAUUACACCAAAGUUAGAAAUUGGAAACAUGAAGGACAGUUCCAAUCCUCUCUCAAAUCCUGCUUACACAAGGGCGCUUUUAAUCAAGCAGCAAGAGCAGCUGCUUCAGCAAUUUAAAUUGGGUAGUUUGCAGCAGCUGAGGCAGGAACAGCAGCUCUACAUAAAAGGGCCAGCUCUGUUUGAGAAUGAUGACCCGCCACCGGUUGGGCUGCUGGGAACAAGGUGCCAGCUCUGCAAGCUUGAUAUUGCUUUCCGGCCACAAGGGGAUGCAGGCCGUGAUGCCAAUGCUCCUCCAGUCGUUGCGGUUCUGGCAUGCCACCAUGUGUUCCACAGCAGGUGCAUUGAAUCAGUUUACGGACUUGCUGAGCCUGCCCAGUGUCUUGCCUGCCUGGAGCCUGGGGCAGCGCACUGAUCACUAACCAGAAACGUCAGUUUAGCUUGAUUUGAGCUAUGGUAUAGGAUAGAUUUUCAUCUUAUAUUGCAUAUAGAGGGUGAGGUAUCAUCUGCAUUGAUAGAAAAGCUUCUGUUGGUAUAACGGUGCAGAUCAAAAGUCUGAGUGCCCCAUUUCUGUGGGCAUUCAGAUAGUGUAAGUAGCUAUCAUUGGAGUUCAAUCGGGAGCUGAAUCAUGCAACUUGCCUGAUAUAUUUUUUUUUCCUCCUGUUGUCCUCAUAGUUAAAAUCUGCAGUCAAUUGACAGUGUCAUUUUGAAUAAACUGAGCCAAUCUGCGCUGGCUGGCUGGUCAUAUAUGUUGUGACU